GAGGUGCGCGGAGACUGUCUCUUAUUACACGGAGGGAAGCGUCGUUUCGCACCUGGGAUGAGGCGACCGUGGGUUGGAGGAGCGUGGACGCUGAUCUGAGGACACUUGAUGGAAAUGUGGUCAUCCCAACUGAGCUGAGGAAGAUCAACUUUCCAGUCCGGAGAAAUGAAUGUGUCUCUGUUUGACGCGUCUUUCUUUAACGGGAGCGACUCAACCGCCACCAACUUCUCCAGCAACAGCACGGACAGCGUGGUGACGGCGGACGGCGGAGGAUCCCUGGUUCUGCUCCAGGAGGAACACAAGCUGUUCAUCAUGCGGGUGGUCCAGAUCGCAGUGCUCUGCGUCCUGUCGCUCACUGUCAUGUUCGGGAUCUUUUUUCUCGGCUGUAACCUGAUGAUCAAAUCGGAAAGCAUGAUCAACUUUCUGGUGAAGGAACGGAGACCUUCCAAGGACGUGGAGACGGUGAUGAUCGGGCUCACCUAGUCCGAUACAGGACGCCCGACAUCUGCGUCUGCUCAUCUCUGCGUCGGAACGGGAAAGGAUAUGCAAAGACCAAACAUAUUCAUGUGCGUAAAAGCUGUGCGUAAAAGACAGACGCGCGCCGACCUGUUGAUGCCAGAGUAACUUGCCAAAAUGAGACGUUUACAAGCCGUUACCUCAGCAUUGUUAUGUUACCCGUGGUGAAUGUCUUGAAGAGCAUGACUGUGAGUGAAUCGUCGACGGAAUUUUUCCAAACAUUAAUGGUCUCAACCCGGUGGUUCCAGCACCGACAGUUGCACGUCUCUAUCAGUGGCAGUUCAUGUGUGGCAUGCUCGCGGGUUCUAUGAA